CCAUCUAUCUAUCCAUCCAUCCAUCUAUCCUGUAAUGUAUAUGUGUGUGAAACAGAAAGUGCUCUCAUCUUCAGCUUAAAAAACGUCUCCUUUGUAGUCGACACAAAAAGGACAGGAUACAGCAGCUUUGAAAGCAACCCCAUAGGUACAUUUCCGCAGCCCAAAAAUGCCAGUUUUACAACUCUGUUUGUCUCACUGCUGGGUGCACUGAAUAGAAGUGAACAAAACAGGACCACAGAACCGGCUAGACGUCUGGCCUUAAUUGUUUUAUGGUUUAAAUAAGGUGGGUGCUCUUCUCUUUGAAACCGGAUUAUUGGAAUGUUUUGUCUACCAGCAACAAACAACAGACGCGCACACACACAUGCAUACACCCCAUUAUAGCCCCCCAUCCUUGGCAGAGGAAGGAGAGCUAGGGGGCACGCGGGGGUGUCUUUUAAAACAGGGAGCGCUGUGAGGUGGGGGAGGUUAGCAGGAGAGAUUAUAGAAGCUGCUGCAUUUUGCUUGGGUAUGGAUUGUAUGUCCAUGUGCACGCGCAUGUGUGUGCACUGUUGUCGUUGUUAUGGUGAUGGGUAUUUUUAGGGUUUGUGGAGGGAGGGGAAAACAUGAAAAAUGGGGAAAUGUGCUGCCAUUAUUACAACACACACACAAUUAUAUAUAAUCACCAAAAUCUGAUUUCGGUCCCUUAUUGACUGAAUGAUGGAUGCACAUCUUGAUCAUCACAUUCGAUAUGUUUUUAUUCACCCCACAUUAUGUAAAAUCAGAUUUUGUUUCGUUUUUGUUUCCUUUUGGACAUAAGUGGAUUCAUGUACUGGGGGGGAAAUGGGGGUUGUAAAAAGAGCGCGGUGAUUGAUGAUGCGAGGUCUUUCUCCAUUUCUUUUUUCUUUUUGUUUUGUUUUUUGUUUUGUUUUUGUAACUGAAAGGUUAUGUUUUGAAAGCGCGUGCUUUGGGGAGAGCUGGCGCAAGAUGGCGCUGUUGCUCAAUCUUAGAAGCGAUUAGCUGAUUUACUUACAAAGCCUGCAGUUCGCACCUUUAGGCCUCUCUUAGAGAUUGUAAGAAAAACAGACCUCAACAAAUAAGUAUAUACAACACCUCUCACCUGCGACUCCCGGCUAUGGUUUACAAAAUAAUGUCAAUUCUGGGUUGGAGCAGAAACAGGCUUUUUCUUAUUUAACUGAAUCUUUUAGAUAAAAUAAACGUUGAAAUUGGAUUUGCAUAGCUCUCCACAAUCAUAGACGCAAUACACAUAUGCAGUGAGAAAAGGAAUAUUCAGUUCAUCGACAGCUUGUCAAAUAUAUCAAUCCUCUGCCAGAAAAAUAUAUUUUAUGUGUUUUUCUUUAUUAAAGUCAAGAUACAGUUGAAUUAAGAAAAGCAAUCACAUUUUAAGUAGCAGACGUGUUUUGUGUAUGGAAUAAGAACAUUACAUUUUGAAAAUAAAGAUAAAAACCACAAUGGACAACACAAUCGGUUAUACCAAGCUAGUUAUGAAAUAUUGUUGUUUGCAUGCACACACACACAUAUACAUGUAAAACUCCACCAUGAACAAGAAGCGUGGCGUUUUCUAUGCAUCUUAUAUGACAAAAUGAUGGUUUUCUUCCAAUAAAAGAAUUGUAUCUAGCAGAAUUGAAUCAAAAUACUUUUCUACAUGAAUAUUAUCGAUCUCUUCGCUGCAUUUUCUCCUGUUAACUCUCAGAACAUCACAAACAUCUGUAUUUUCUUCCUUUAUGCCCUAGUUCAGUUGCAAAUGCUAUUUUUCAAUUAUUUUUUGAAAAGAUCUGCAUGGUGGAUGAUGUUGGAAAACAUUUCACCAACUUUCUGCCUUCCCAUCAGCUGCUUAAAAAUGUUCAAGAACAUGUACCGUAAAACCUGAAUUUACAUAUCCUGACACUAAACACAUUUCAAUAAGGGGAAGGUUUGGCCACUGGAAUUUUAAAACUGGAAAGCAAUAUUGAUCACUGUCCUUGAGCAAGAAUUCUAUUGACUCUGAGCCGUAUCUGCCAAUUAAGCUAAGGUCUAACCCAUUCAGUUGUUACAUGUGUUGGAAAGAAAGAAAGAAGAAUCUAUUUAUUUUAUUUGGUAAGCCUUGGUUAAGUCUUGCCCUCCUCAUAGUAAGUAAGCCUUUGUUGGGAGAGGGGAGAAAUUACAACCUGGCAACAGACUUUUGUUGUUGAAAUUAGACAAAGGAAAGUAAGAAGUCAGGCUAUAUAAGUUAACAAAGGGGGGGGGGCAAAAUAUGUCCAUGGAUGUGUUUCCAAGAGUGUUUUACGGUUUUGUACACAUUAGAACAGUUGGGAUUUCCUCAAUUCUGGUUUUCUCCACCCUCUGAAAUUCAUUUACUUGCCAUUUUCUGGGGAAAGGGAGGGGGAGGGAGAAAGAGAAACCCAAGAAGAGAUUUUGAGAGGGGAGAAGGGGGUUGCUGAUGAGUUUAUGAAAGGGCCAUGGGAACAGCUAAUUUAUAGAAGUGUGCCUGAUUCUUGUCUCUUAUUUAAGAAGCUUCCCCCCUCCUCCUCCCAGCCUCGCAAAGAAAGAAACCAGCCCAGGAAAUAUUAAUUUGCAAAGUUUAGAAGGAGGGGAAAGCUGCUGGUUUUAUGCUUCUGUUUUAAUAGCCUGGGUUCUUUAAGGCAGUCGUAAAAAAAAAAGCAGCCUCACAACCGAAAGUAUUCAGCCAAUGGUCACUCUGGAAUGGAGAAAGUACAUGGGGGCAGGAGAGAUGUUUGCAAUACAUGGAUACUACAUACGACUACAUGCAUAAGACAUGCGAACGAUUACCCACCAUUUGGUAAAAGCGACGGGGGCAGGUAGAUAGAUCCUACAUUCUGCCACACACACAAAAAACAACAACCCAGGAAACCCUUCAUAUCCUGUGGACCUUCAAUCUCCCUCCGCCCCACUUUCCCAACUACUUGGACGAGACAUUUCCUGUGGGCAGGGUAUACUUAUUUCCUUCAAGUGACGCCUUCCAAUUAUUUUCAGAUGGCAAGAUCGAACCAUUGGUCCAAAGACAAAAAAAGAAAAUAUAAUCAUAUUCUUUCUACAAUCUUUAUUUGUUUAAAAGGCACACACACACACACACAAAAAUACAUACAAAGGGCAUUCAUAGCCAGCUGAGAUACUCUAGGCUCCCUAUGUUCUUUCUCUCAGUCUCUCUCUGUGUGUUUUAAACGAGGGGUUUGUUCCCCCCCCCGCUAAUCAUAACACCCCCUAAGAGUGACAGACACAUAAAUAAGGACAGUUCCAUUGCUAGAGUUGGGGAGGGGGUUGAGUUUUGGACGGGGGGGGGGUUCCCCCUUGAUUGUCAUCGUAAUAUGGCCUCCUAAAGCUAUCCGGUGUUUUUUUUCUGCCCCUCCCCCCAAAAAUUGAUCCGGGUUGGCGUUUUAUACCUAUUACCUGUUGAAGUAACCUAAAUUGACCUCGCCGGCGCAUGUAUUUGCUCAGAUAAGUGAAGAGGCUCCGUAGCAUAGGGGUGGGGUGGGGGAGAGAAGGUGCACCUAAGGGUAUUACUGCGCACCUUUCAUAACCCUGCUCCAUUCACUAGAUAUGAGGGUGUAUGUGUGUGUGUGUGUGUUUUUCUCUCUCUCCCCCUAUCCUCCUUCUGAGGGCUGAUUAUUUCACCUCCCCGUCACCCCACGAACCCCCCGAUUUCCUUGUCAUUUUCUUCCUAGCCUGUCUUGGUGUGGUGGAUUGAUGAAUCCAGAUCGCGUGUGAGAGCAAGCGAAAGAGAGAGAGAGAGAAAGAAAGAGAGAGAGAGAGCGCCUCACCACCGGGAUUUUGAGGAAUUUGCCUGUGGUGUUAAAGGGAAGGGAAGAAGUAAGAGAAACUGAGAGAGAGCUCUACCUAUCGACGGAUAUAAGAGAAGUCAAGAGCAUUAGGCAUAAGCAGCCAUACCCACUCAGGCACUAUGAAACGUCUUUGAGAGAGCGAGAGAGCGCGCGCAUUAAAAAAAAAAAAAAAGCCACAACCAGCCACUAACCAGGACUUUGCAGAGUCCAGAGAGCGCGAGAGCGAGAGUCCUUAGCACUGAUCUCUUUAUAGAAUUAAAGACUUUUUUUUUUGGUGGUGGUAAAAGGUUGGUUUCCUUCUUCCUUUCAUGCGAGAGCCAUGAGUUCCUACUUUGUAAAUCCUCUUUUCUCCAAGUACAAAGGCGGCGAGUCUCUGGAACCAACUUACUACGAUUGCAGAUUUCCACAAAGUGUAAGCAGAAGCCAUGCUCUCGUGUACGGUCCGGGCACCACGGCUCCCAGCUUCCAACACCCUUCACACCACGUCCAAGAGUUCUUCCACCACGGAACCUCCAGCAUCUCCAACUCUGGAUACCAGCAAAAUCCUUGCGCCCUGGCGUGCCACGGAGACGCUUCUAAAUUCUAUGGAUACGAAGCCCUACCAAGGCAGUCGCUUUAUGGUGCCCAGCAAGAGGCGGCCGUGGUACAAUAUCCUGACUGUAAAUCCUCUUCCAACAGUAACUCUAGCGAGGGACAAGGGCAUUUAAAUCAAAAUUCUUCUCCCAGUCUCAUGUUCCCAUGGAUGAGACCUCACGCUCCCGGAAGGCGCAGUGGCAGGCAGACUUACAGCCGGUACCAGACCUUGGAACUAGAGAAGGAGUUCCUCUUCAACCCCUAUUUGACACGGAAGCGGCGUAUAGAGGUCUCUCACGCCCUGGGACUGACAGAGAGGCAAGUCAAGAUCUGGUUCCAGAACAGGAGGAUGAAAUGGAAGAAAGAGAACAACAAGGAUAAACUCCCCGGAGCCAGGGACGAGGAGAAGACGGAGGAGGAAACUAACGAGGAAGAGGAAAAAGAAGAAGAGGAAAAAGAAGAAAGCAAGGACUGAUCUCUCUCAGCUCCUUGAAGUCCUCGUUUUAUGGCAGAUGAUAAAUCGAGAUGUUUACGACGGUCAUUCGCUUUUAUAGAGUAUAGAAUGGAGAGACUCACACACAACAGUAACUACCUGUCAAAAGAGUUGUAGCUCCCCCUUUUUAUUGUCAUAGGACUUCCCUUAGUUCCCCCCCUUCCUUAUAGCAGCAUUUUUAAAAAAAUAAUAAUAAUAAUUUUAACUUUUUAAAAAACAAAAACAUUUUUGUGUGUUUGGCUUCCGGUGAAAUAACUAUAGAACAGGUCUGGCUUACAGAUCCAGUCCUAAACCCAGCACUAUGUAUUUCCAGACGAAUGGACCUCCUCGCCAUCACCACCAGCAGCAGUGACCCCACCCCCUUCUACUCCUUGCUUUAGUUGUCAGCAAAUACAAGGAUCUUACAUAUUUAUUUGGGAUAGGAAGGACUCCUAUUUCUUCUCGACCAGGUUUAACCACCUCCCCAAGUUUAAUAAUAUAAAAGGUAAAGGGAGGGAGGGAGGAAAUGUAUGAAAACGCUUUAUGCUUAGUCUUAACUUUAAAACAAACAAACAUCCCUAUCUACCUAUGUGCCCUUCCAUGCCAAGGUCCAUUUAUUAUUUUUAACUUUUAGCUGUGCCAAUCAGUAGCUACUAAAGGACAAUUUCUUCUUGGAAGAUGGAGGCUUGACACAUGCCUGAAGACAGCACCACAUGCUUAUUAGUUAUCUAUGAAUAUAUCUGUAUGUUGUGUCUACCUAUAUACGCCCUGCGGUUUGGCAGGAAAAAGCUAUAGCAUUAGGCAUUUUGGCUUGGAAGGAAGCCCCAGCCAAAUCAAUGGGACUUACGUUUGAGGAAACGUGCUUAGGAUAGCUGUGAAGGACACGGAACCACCUAAUGAUUUCUCUGGGUGUUGUUUACUAUAUUACUCGUGUGAGCACUCGAAAUUCUUAACAUACUACCUAAUGGGAAACCUGCAAUAAUCAUCUAUUAGCAACAAGGUGGGGGCUUACACAUACUUAAAAUAAAAAACAAAAAACUUGUUCGAAUCAUUUUAAAGAGGAGUUGUGUAUUGCCCCAAUGCAAGCUACUAAGUAGCAGAAAAUAAUAAUGAAAAAGAAAAAGAAAAAAAAGAAAAAUACAAAAAAACACAUUGUAAUGUAUCUUAUCACUACCUAUAGAAGGAGUCAUGCUUUGAAAGUAUUUGUAACGCGGUUUUGUUGUCGUAUGUUGCUGCUUAUUUUCUCUUGGAAAAAAAAUAAUUCCCAACAACUGAAACUGCCUAGAUAAGAACGCACAGUAUUGUAUUCUUUUAUUGUGCUUAUAAUGUAGUUUAGGACUUAAAUUGCACUGAAUGUAUAGUUAUCUAUUUGUCUUGACUUAUCUGUUAAUGCAACAUGCUCGAAUUACACACUCUCUCUCACACACACAAAAACAUACACACUUGUCAUUGUUUUAUGUAAACCAUCGUUCUCUGCGUGUUCAAAACUCUGAAUGUAGCAAUUUCUGUCAGAAAUCCAAUUCUGGCGACCGUGGAUUUGUAUUGUAUACGUGAGUCAUUACGUAAAUAAACAAUAAAAAUUGAGGGGAAGAAAAGGAUUGUGGCUUUCUUAAGCAGUUUGCCAAUUCUUUAAAUCCACACCCACUGACUCAGGAGGUCUUUGCAGAAGGCAGUGGACGAUUCAUACGUUCAAGUUACUUAACAGUUCAAAACCAAGACUCAGGCUUUUCACUUCCAAAGAAACGAGGCGUUACGUUAACACGUUCACAGACUAGGGUUAAGAGCCUUAAGCCUGGAAUGCCACGGAGAUCCGUGGAACUUGGUGUCACUUAAGGAUUAGCAUCAAGACAGCAACUGGGUAAACAAAGAGAGGAGGCGAAACUCCUUCUGCCAUGACCAUCAGUUCACUGCUGGUGCUAUGAAUUCACACGAGAAGAUCUCUUAGGCUGAACUCCUCAAGACACCUACUGGGGAGUAAGCCCCAUUAAAUAUACAAUGGCUCGCCCUGCACCUAACAGACGCGUUACAAAGAUUCAAGCCCCACCUUCGUCUAAACUAAGCUUUGCGUUCUGUUGCUAGCCUCCAAAUUUCUACCUCUACUAAUAUAUUACUUCUUGCUUUGCUGUAAAGUAUAACAAUGGUUUUCUUUAGCUUCUUACGUUUUUAAAGCAUAUCAACAGCGACACUCUUCCUUCCACUGGCAUGGGGGGCAUAGCUGCCAAGUUUUCCCUUUUCUCACGAGGAAGCCUAUUCAGCAUAAGGGAAUUUCCCUUUAAAAAAGGGAUAACUGGGCAGCUAUGAUGGGGGGGGCAGGUCGAGUAUUUGUCCACUGAAAAUGUCAUAGUUCGCCAUUUCACACCUAAUAUUUUGUGGUGUGUGUGUGUGUGAAAGUGUGCAAAGACGGAAAUUAGCUGGAAGGAUUCCGUGUGUCUCACGUCCCUGUCCAUAUCUACAUUAUGAAACGACCGGAAGGAGACAUAAUGGAGACAUUAAAAGGGGGGCUUUGCGAUGGGCUGUACUUAUUUAUUUAUAAGAAAUACUUUGUUCAGGAGCACAAUCAGCAAACUGGAGGAACACCCUGAAUAUUUUUCCAUUGUGUGAAUGUAAGCAAAACACACUUUGCUUGACAAAAUAAUACUGGCAAACAUUUUAUUUUCUCUCUUUCUUACUCACACACACAUGCAGAGAGAUUGUGUGUGUGUGUGUGUGUGUGUGUGUGUGCAUACACAUAUACAGGCACACACACACAAUAUUGAGAGGGUGAGUAGGUGGUAUUCCUAUAAUAUUAUUAUAUCUGGCCUGCGGUGAAAUGGACUUCAUCCCACAAUGGUAUUUGGUAUGAAAGUGGACAGGUUGUUUAUACUGAUACCCCAGAUAAGGCAUUGCAAGAUUCCUAAAAUACAUCCUGGCUUAGUAAACUGAAUCUGGAAAAGAUACUGGGAGGCUGAGAACAUUCUUAACUUCCAAAAACUAACAUUGAAGUCUUUAAAUAUUUAAAUAACUGAAGAAAGAGAGCGGGAGAGAGAGAGAGAGAGAGAGAGAGAGAGAG